AUGAGUGAAGAGUCCACGGCAACCAACGUUCAGGCGGCAACACCACCAUCCGAUGCAGCGGCACCACCAACCGCACCAGCCGCAGCACCGCCAGUCCCAGUGCCUCCAGCACCACCAGCACUACCACAAACUACACCAACAGACCCAACAGCCGCACCCACAUCGACCCCCAGAACCCCAACCCGCCGAGCCCCAACCCCCAUCCUCAUAGCCAAAAUCCUAACCAUCGUCCUCCAAAACGGCACAGCAGUCGCCCUGCACCAACCCCGCCCCAACAGCGUAACCACCCUCAACACCUUCCGCGCGCACCUCCUCUCGGAUCCCUUCUUCGACCCCACAUUCAAACCCGACGAGCUCGCGCAGCGCACCCGACCAGGUUGGAUCCUGUUCAUGGACCUGGUGGUGUUGCUGGCGAAGCUGAUGCGGGUGUUGAUGCGGAACGAUGAUUCGUUGAGCGAGGGGGAGCUGGCGGAGCGAAUUGCGGUGCGGAAUGCGUGUUUGGAUCAGCCGUUUUUUCAGCGGUGGACGGGGAGUAGUGCGAGGCCGUUUAGUGAUGAGGCGGUGGAGGAUGAGGGGUGUCUUGGAGAGAUGCUGAAGAAGAGUGAAGGGUAG